AUGCUCUUUGUAGUAUGACGUCUACAGCAGUAACAACAGGAAGAGUUGGGUACAUGAUUCUUAUCUUUGCUGGGAAACAUUUAAUUCUACAAUUGUGUUUGAUGUAUUGAAGGAAUGGCGUGCACUCUUGAAAAGGUUUUGGCAGAUGCCAAAUCGCUGGUGGAGCGGCUUCGCGACCAUGACAAUGCAGCUGAAGUGUUAAUUGAGCAGACCACCUCUCUAAACAAACGAGUGGAGGCCAUGAAACAGUAUCAGGAAGAGAUUGAAGCCCUUAACCUUGUGGCCAGGCACCGGCCUCGCUCCACUCUAGUAAUGGGAAUCCAACAAGAAAACCGUCAAAUCCGAGAACUGCAGCAUGAAAACAAAGAGUUAAGGACGUCCCUUGAGGAGCACCAGUCAGCUCUGGAGUUGAUCAUGAGUAAAUACAGAGAGCAGGUGUUCAGGCUGCUGAUGGCCAGCAAGAGAGAUGACCCUGCUAUUGUGACCCAGCUCAAAGAGCAGCACACCAGCGAAAUGCAGGCUCACCUAGACAAGAUUAAUGAGAUGGCCAGUGUGAUGCGGAAGGCCAUCGAGGUGGAUGAGGGCAGAGUGUGUGAAGAUGAGGAGAGAAUUAAACAGCUGGAGCUGGAGAACCAGGGCCUGCGCGAGCUGCUGGGCAUCAGCCGCGAGGCCUUCCAGGUACUGAAGAGGGACGAGGGCUCGGACAGCACGUCGCUCUCGGCACUGGUCACCAGUGCCGACCUCAGCCUGAGGAAGAGCUAAGUCUCCCCUGGUGGGAGGCAGCAGAGGCCCGGGACCGCUGGACGUUCCGCUUUUACCGAGACACUUUACCGGGGGUGGCGAGGGGCUUCCUCGCACUCUCUCCCUUGACCACAGCCAUGAACUGGGAGACUGGCCACCCUCACACACAAAGCCCUACCACGUCAACUGCACAAUGCCAUGGCAACGGCCAAACUCCAGUCACAAGUAUACCACCCAUCCCUGUGCACAUUUCAUGACCUUUCCCGCCUCAUGCUCUCCUCCCUGUAAUAUUAGGAGUUGCAGAAGAGCUGCACUCCAAACUGCCUUUUACGUUAUGUGGAGAGGGAGGACAGCUUCAAGCUGAAUCAGGGUGGUGGUGGUGUGGGCGGGUGUCGAUCCCAAAGAACGUGCUCAGUAGAAUGUGACAUAAGCAUGGAACAAGAUGUCAAUCACAUAUCCCUUGCACUAGUGUCUGGCCUUAACAUGUCUUUUGCAAGGCUAGUUGUGGAGUCUAGCAGAUAGCACAUCUCGCCAUGGACACAGUCACCUCCUGCAUUACAACAUUCAUCUAUGGGGCCAAGGAUAAGUAUAGUAAAUGUGUGUGCAUGUGUGCUAUGUUUGAGUUCACAUAGCUCUCACUGAGCAAAUGCACAACAGACACCAGAGUGGUAGGUAGUGCAGUCGCAACAAUGUCUCAGUGACCUGCUCCUUGGCUCUUUAGUCAGGCACGAUGCUUGGUUUGUUUUUGUUGAAUUGUUUGAUUGUGAAUGAAUGAAUUUUGGUUCUGAUUUGUCAAUAAAGCCUUCUAGGAUAAUGUUA